AUGAAAGCAACAGCAUCAGCAUCAGCACCAUCAGAUGGCCGGAACAGCAAUGGCGAGGCGAGCGAAGGCUUAGUAGAAUCCGCGCCAGCGUCCACGAUGGAUACCGCAGGCAUUACCAAGCAGUCCGGUCUCGCCUCCUCGGAUCUACACGGCUUCAAGUUAUACAUGGUUCUUAUUAGCGUCUGCUUCGGCGCCUUUGUCAUGGCUCUCGAUGUCCAUGUCAUCGGGACGGCCAUUCCGUCCAUCACCUCCGACUUUCAGAAUACAUCACACAUAUCUUGGUAUCCAGCAGCCUACACGUUGGCGGUCUGCUCGCUCACCCCCUUGGCGGGCAAAAUGGCCAGUGUGUUCUCGCUCCGCUGGGUUUACCAAGGCUUUUUCUUCGUCUUCCUCGUCGGUAGUGCCAUAUGUGGCUGGGCCUCCACAAGCGAAAUCUUCAUCGCCGGCCGUGCCGUCUCGGGUAUCGGCGCAGCUGCAGUCACCAGUGGAUGUCUCACCGUCGUCUUGGUCAUAUCUUCACCCCAACGUAGGCCGUUGUACAUCGGCCUGUGCAGCAGCUGCUUUGCCCUGGGUCUGAUUCUCGCCCCAUCUCGUUGGUCGGCAACCAUUACUAGCCUUUUGGUUGAAUCAAUCGUCAUGCUGGGUCUCUUCGCCGUCUGGGAGUCGCGCUUGGGGGACUCGGCCAUGAUCCCUGGUGUUCUGGUCACAAGACGCACCGUCCUGCUCAGUGUCAUCUUCUCCUUCUGCCAUCUUGGUGCUCUAUCCGUCUCAUCUUACUACCUCCCGGAGUGGUUUCAGGCAGUCCAGGGCGCUACUCCCUUUGAGAGCGGCAUAAGGGUGCUGCCGUCCGUCAUCUCACAAAUCGUGGGAAUGAUUUGUGCAGGUGCCAUUGCUCUCAAAAUCCGGUUUUACAACCCUUGGUUCUAUGUCGGGCCAGUCUUGAUGUGCACCGCGGCCGCUCUGUACACCCAGUUCACCGUCUCCAAUACCCCAUCGAGCCAAUGGAUCGGGUUCCAGGUUAUCCAGGGCCUGGGUGUCGGCUUCUCCAUGCAGAUGCCAUCUCUCAUGGUCCAACUAGCGCUCAGGGACCCCCCCGAUCUCUUGCCCAUCGGCGUCUCGCUCAACAUCUUCGCCCAGUUUCUCGGUGAGACCGUCGCGCAGGUCAUUGCCGGUGCCAUUUUCCACGCGCGUCUGGAGAGCCAGCUCGCCUCGCGAGCUGCGCUGAGUCACGGCCAGAUACAACCACUUUACCGGAGCGGUAUCGCAAACGUGCGAGCCAUUGUGCACCAAUAUUUCCCCUCGAUGUUCGACCCUAUCAUGGAGUCGUACAACUCUGCCAUCGCUUAG